AAUCACCCGUGACAACAACUACGUCAUCAGGUGCCCCCGAUGCGAGGAAUAUUACCUGCUAAAUAAUAUUUGUUUUGGUUUGAGAAUACAGCUGUUUUUAGGGGUGAAACGGAAAAUGAGGCGAUUAGUAGUGUAGAUAAUCAACAUUGGAAUGUGUGUCACCCUUGGACCUAUAUGAUCGUCGAUAGCAGAUUCGUUUUUCUAGCGGAUUUAACCGCGAUAAAUAGUGCCUUACGCUAGUAGUAGAAGUGCAUACAUCCAAAAUGGACGUCCGUCAAGCCAUCGAGAUCGACCCAGAUUUUGAGCCGCAGCAGCGAGUUCGGUGCAAUACUUGGCCGUGCCGUCCACGGGAGGAUGUUGUGGAGGCUCAAUGCUCCCCGGUGUCGGAUGAAUCGACAGCAGACAAUCAGGUCAAACCGGAAAAUCUUGGUCUGAAUAAAAAGACCUCGUCUAGGCGUAAUGCAUGGGGAAAUCUUUCAUACGCUGACCUAAUUACGAAGGCGAUUCAAAGUUCUCCAGAGCAGAGAUUGACAUUGUCACAAAUUUACGACUGGAUGGUGCAGAAUGUGCCGUAUUUUAAGGAUAAAGGGGACAGCACAAGUUCUGCUGGAUGGAAGAAUUCCAUCAGACACAACCUGUCUCUCCACAGUCGGUUUAUGAGGAUCCAGAAUGAGGGGACAGGAAAAAGUUCCUGGUGGGUCAUCAACCCAGAUGCCAAGCCCGGGAAAACCCCUCGAAGGAGGGUCAACAGCAUGGAGACAAAGAACUAUGAAAAGCGCAGGGGCCGGGUCAAAAAGAAAGUGGAAGCCAUGAGGGCAGCACUUGAGAACAGCAGUCCCUCCUCAACUACCGAGGACUAUCUGGAUUCCCCACUAAGUUUCCAGUUGAGUCCUGACUUCCGACCUCGGGCCAGUUCUAAUGCCAGUAGUUGCGGCCGUUUGUCACCCAUUCCCGCCAGUAUAGAGCCGGAUCUCCACGAUAAUCAGGUGCCCAGGAUGUCCCCGAUCCACUGGGGCCAGGAGCUGGAUACAUCUGGAAAUUAUUCAGAUGUUCCGUAUGAUCCUAUUAUCAGUAGCCUGGUGGAUGGGAUGAAGUUGGAUGGGAGCAAUAUGGGAAUUCCGGAGGAGAUGGGGCUCAGAAUGGAUCCCUCAGAGAUUGAGAUGAUGGCAGAGGGCGGGAUGGUGCAGUCAUUGCUCAACAACAGUCAAGGCAAUAUAAACGAGAGUGUAACGCAACAGAUGAUGUCCCACAAUGGAAACAUAUCCAUGCCCCAGUAUAAUGAUCAAAGUGCCAACUUCAGUGACAGCAAUCAAUACGGUGGGAAUCUCCCGGCCCCUCCCCCCUACCAAGAUUCCAUGAGGCGAAGUCCCCAACAGCCAGGCAACUUGGAACAGCUCCUUGGGGGCUUCACAGACUUGCAGAACAUGAGACUAUAUAACAGUCAACAGUCAGCCCAGCACAGCCCGAUGUAUUCCCAGCAAGAGGCCUUACUAAUGCAGCACACCAGUGGAGGAAGUCCAUCCGGUAGCUCACUGAGCAUCAAUACACAGAUGCCAUCUCCCUCACGCUCACCUCAGCAACAGGUGAGCCCCAACUUCAACAACCGCAUGAUGAAUUACAGCCCCCAGCAACAACAGCAACAGCAGCAGCAGCACUCUCCACAGCCCAACAUGAAGCCCAUGUCUCCUCAACCAAUGAUGAAUCGGUCGCCCUCUGGUUCCUCUCAGCCAUCGCUACUACAGCGCUGUCUGGAACAGAAUCCGGAGUCGCAUCUCCGACAGUCGCCCUCUGAUUCGCUUCUACGACAGGCCCUGACACAGAAGACCAGUCCUCAGUACCCCAAACAGACGACAAACACGAAUCAGGUCCCAUUCACCACCUCCUCCUCACAGAAUUCAGGCUUCACUAACCUGUGCCCCGUGCCCAGGCAUGUGAUCAGCCUCACUAACGGGCUUAACAACAACUUGGUUUCCACCCAGCAGAAUGUUAGAAACACCAUGACAUCCCUACAGCAGGCGCUGGCAGGCUCUCCCAAUAUGAUCUCCACCCAGUCGGUUCUUUCCACGCAGCCAGUAAUCUCGGAGAACAAUUCCAAUUCGUCGCUUAGCGAAAUGAGUCCCGAUUUCUUUGAAUCGGAGAGUGACAUGCAUAAAGUUCUCCAGCAGGAACUCAAUCUGGAGGGCAGUCUGGAUUUUGACUUUGAUCCGGCUGGCUCUGGUCCAACUGGAUCCAUGGAUUCUAAUAGCAUGGUUCGAUGACGAUUUUCUGCCCUAGCAGAUGUGUGAAAUUGGGGAAAAAACAAAAAGUUUGUGAUAGAGAGAAAAAUCUAGAAUGAUGUAUUCAUUCUGUAGUUGUUGUGUUUUAUGAAGAAAAAAAAAUCUUUUUGUUGUCCCAAGCCAGGUUCCAGCAUCUCUGUGGCAGCAACUUAAAAAAAUAAAAACUUAUCAGCAACUUGAACAAUAGAGCAAUACCCCACAUGGUUGCUCUGCUCAUUGUGCAAAGGGGAAGUAAGCGCGGACCUGUGUGGAGGGUGUUGACCUCUCUCUGAUACUGGCACAGAUAAAGCGGCGCUGGAGGACCGAGGGGAGAACAGUUCGAGUGAUCUCAGACUUGGGAGAACAAGUGUAUUGUUCUGUGUGUACUUCAAGAUAUCAACGUGUAUCUCAACACUAGUAUUUUUCAUUUUUUUUUUUUUAAAUAAUCAUGUUUUUUUUUUUUUAUGCCAUUUUUAAAGUAAAAUAAAAUGGCAGAUAGCCAGCCUACUUCUAGUGAAAACGGGUAGAAGUAAAACAAGAGUGGAAUGGAGAGCGUUACGAUUCCUGGAUAGAAACUUCUUGGUUGUCUGUCUCUUCAGGUCAGAAGAUGGAUACAUGCAACUGGGUGGGUGAAAAUUCUCUGCUGAAUGGAAAUCUAGCCAAAAAACAAAUUUAUUAUAUAUUUAACAUCAUUUGUAAGCAAAUUACAAGUAUCUUAAUUUUUUCUCUCAGAAAGCCAAUUUAUCAUGUUAUUUUCAUCAUGUUAGGAUGCAUUGGGCCAUUUUAAGCCUUACAAUUUUGUUUUGUAAAAACACCAACAUGUAAAAGGAAGUUUAAAAUUGAUAUGUAAAAUUAUGUAAUAUUUAUGGGAAAGAUGAAUUUAACAUCGUUUCAUGUAGUAUAUGUUUCACUUGGGUGUAGAAUUAGACUAAAUUGUGUACCAAAAUAUGUUAAUUUUGCAUGCCUUAUUUCUUAGUAUUUUUUUUUCAUAAAAUUAAUGAAAAAAGUUUUUCUAUUACAAUUACCAAAUUUUUUAUGAAAAAUGUACAAUGUAGUUUGAUUUUUGACUAAAUGAUUUUUUUUUCCCUCUAAAUUUUUGACAUUCCAAUAGUUGACCUAUUGAGAUUUUGUGCAGAUAUAUAUUAUAUAUACAUAUGUACAUUAUAAAGUCAAGUGGAUAUCCAAAGAGUGCUUACGACCCUGGAUGGAGAAUGGUCCAUUCUACCCCAAUCCCCCAAACCCACCCUCUUAGUACCAGUGCAAAUUGAAGUCUAGUGGAACAGUUGAACUGAUACCCAGAUACCUAUUUUCUGUGUAAAUGAAUCGAUGAAGCUUGCUAUACUUAUUAAAAGUUUUCCUUUUUCCAAAGGCUGGCUUCCCCGCUCGUCUUCUCUCCUUUUACCUAUAUAAAGAUGUAUAUAUAUUACAGAGGAAAAAUGACCUGAAACUGAGUUUGAUUACAUUGUGUAGGAUUAACUUCAUAGAAAUGUUUUCUCAUCCAACUAUGCUUUAAUGUUUGUGCUGUUUUCCUGGUCUGAGGUAGGAGUGCUGUUAUGAGGCGAUUUGUUCCUUUACAUUUUAACCCGCAGCGUCCAUCUUGUUUUGACAGAGAUUGGGUUUCCAAGCUUUGCUCUCUAUUUCUCUAGGUUUGCCCUCGGAGAAUGGCAGUGGGUGGUAUAGCUUCCUUCUAGAUGACAUCUAACCAAGCAAAUGUUGAUUGAUUUCAGAUGUAAAUCCACUGUGUGAUCGACUAUUCACAUUCUAUAGGAAGCUGUAGCCGAUUUCAAAAUUACAAAUCCUUUCUUUUCCCGAAAACUCAGUAUUUCUUUAAAAAGAAAUUAUUUCUAAGCUCUGUAUGUUAAAUAAAUGCUAAAAUUCUGUCUGAGAAUGGCAUUUGGACUAGAAUAACUAGUAGCAAUGUUAUUGUCAAAGGAAGAUCAUUAUAUGUGGGUCUAAACCGUUCGUAUUGAUUUUUUCAUUAUCUGCUUGCCAGUGUGAAGAUUAUGUCUACUGUGAAAUUAAUAGUGAUGCAACAGUUCUCACUUCUCGGCGAAGAGGGAUUUUUUUUUCUGUCAUCUCUCGCUUUCUCCCUCUCUGUUUCAAAACACAUCAGAAUUUAGUUAUAUCUUUGAUUGGGAGGGCUGGGUGAAUUCAUUCUCCUCAGUAAAUUCAUUUAAGGAAGAAAAGAAUCUAAAGGUGAUUGUUGCCAUGGAAACCAAUUUCUAGGGAGAAAUGGGUUGUCACUCUCAGACAUUUAAUGGCAUCUGAAUUUGACUGGUAUUCUGUGACCUUUUGAUUUCCCCACGAUCUACGCAAUCCUUGUGAUGUCACAAGAGGUCUACUGACCCAAUUCUCUCCCUGUGUCUUAAUGAAGGUGGAAUUAACUAGGUCAGUAGGUCAUGAGUUUGAUUAAUAUUUAUAUUGGUUUGUCUUUUUUAAUGAAGAUGCAUUUCUCUACAGCUUAAAGGUCAGCUUCCAUUUGUUUUAUCCCCACUGAUUGAUUGCUUCACCAAUAGAUUUGCCAUUUUGUACAAA